CUCGGGUUACUCCGAGGCAGCAGCGGCGGCGGCGGUUGCGGCGACAGUCCCGGAAGAACUUAUCUGGGUUAGAGGUCCCCCCUGUCACACUGUGUCCCGAAGGAGAGAUGGAGACGCUCAGGGACAAGACCCUAGAGGAGCUAGAGAAGAUGCAGAGUGACCCCGAGAUCAUCGACAGACUGGCCCAGGAGGCCCCCCAGGUCCAGGAUCUGCAGCUUGAGCGAGAGAUGGCCCUGGCUACCAACCGGAGUUUGGCGGAGCAGAACCUGGAGUUCCAGGGUCCCCUGGAGAUCAGCCGCUCGAACCUUUCUGACAAGUACCAGGAGCUGCGUCAGCUGGUGGAGCGGUGCCAGGAGCAGAAGGCCAAGCUGGAGAAAUUUUCUGCGGCACUGCAGCCUGGGACCCUGCUAGACCUUCUGCAGGUCGAAGGCAUGAAGAUCGAGGAAGAGUCUGAGGCCAUGGCUGAGAAGUUCCUGGAGGGCACGGUGCCCCUGGACACCUUCCUGGAGGCCUUCUCUGCCAUGCGGGUCCUGGCCCACCUGCGGCGUGUGCGCGUUGAGAAACUGCAAGAAAUGACACGGAGGCCGGUGCCGCCUGUGAAGCCUCCGGGGGACGCGCUGCUGCCCCCGCGCACCGCCGCCCCCGUUACCCCCACAGCGCCCGGCGUGCCCUCUGCCACACCCCCCAUGGCUGAAGAGCCCCGGCCGGUGCCCGCUCCCUCACCGAUGCCCUCCUACCCGCCGCUGCCCUACAGCCCGGCCCCUGCACUGCCCCCGGGUCCCAUGGCCCAUGGCGCACUUCCACCCGCACCCUUCCCCGCGAUGCCCCCGCCUGUCUUAGCCGGCACUGGCCCGGGCUACCCUUGGGGCCCCCAGCAGCCUGGGCCGGGCUAUCCUGUGCGCCCCCACUCUGGUGCCUUGGGCCCCGGCUAUCCUUUGGCCGGGGGCCGGGCCACCAGUGCCGGCUAUCCUCAACAGCCCCCCUAUCCCAUGCCAGGAGCGGGGAGGCCCCCGUACCCCACACAGCCUGCCGGCCCCACGGGCCCCCCCUACCCAACGGGCCCAGCUCCACCCUACGGCUUCCCCCCGCCCCAGGGCCCAGCGGGGUCCGGGUAUUAGUGUCCUGCUGGCCCUGGGCCCCCUUAGGGGGGGCAGGGGCUGUCUUGGUGCCUCCGGGGGUAAGCUGGCACUCGGCAUGGACCCCCUCCCUGGGGGGCUGUGGGAGAUGAGGAGUGAGCCCCCCUUCCACUGAUGAGUCUUCCUUACUCUUCUGGCGCCAGCCUAUGGCGUUUCUACCUCUCCCCCUGUCUGUGGGUGAGUGGGGUGGUGCAGGUAAACGCCUCCCCUCCUGCUCCCCCUGGGUGCGACAGAUUGUCAGAAUGCCCACAUAGGAGGCUGCCCCUAAGGCUGUGCCUCCGUGACCCCUUGACUGGUGCUGGCUCAGGGAGCUGGCAGAUAUGUCUUAAAGCCAGAACUGAGUUCCAAAGCUGAGGCGGUUUGCCCAGGGGGUCCUGGGUGCGGUAGGAAGUCGCAGGUGUGGUCCGAGCCACAGCUAGACAGGAGGGGUCAUCCCAGCCUUACCCGCACUCUGGGAAAUCUGGGAGGUUGCAUGGCACCCUCAGGCAGGAUGGGGAAGCCGGCAUGUUAUGGGACGUUUUGCUCACGCCCUGCCCAUAUAGGAGAGGGCCAGGCCGCCUCCGUAGGGACUGUCCUUUGGCUGGCAGUUUCUGAGGUGCCCUCUACACCCGUCCAUUCACUCCUCCAGUGCCUUGAAUCUCAUUCACAAACACCCUACCCCCAGCUUCUUCCCGAACCUCCUGGGAUUUAGCUCCCCCCAAUCUCGCUCCUACCACGGUGUGAGAAGACAUGGGGGCAU